CUUGUCCCAGAGUUUGCGGCUGCUGCUGCCGCCGCCGUUAGAGCGGUUUUAAUUAGCUGCAGGAUUUUAAUGAGCUGAAAUCAAGAAGAGCCCCAUCUCAGAAGUAAGCUGGAGCCGCACACAUGGAAGAACUAGUCUGACAAAACAGAUGGAGGUGGUACUCUCGGGGGACCGGGCUGUGUACUCCGAUCAGCGAGGAGCAGAUGAGUUUCUGAGACCAGGAGGCUGAGGAGGGAAGCCAGGGGUCAGCUGCCCAUGCCCGGCUCCGGCGAGGGAGGGGAAGAGCUGGGCGCCAGGUCCCCUAGGCUGCCGCGGCAGAAGGCACGGUGCCGGAUUCAAGGUGACGGCAGUGCCUGGCUCCAUUCUCCUCAAGUUGCCAUAGCAGCCUCUCUCCCAACGAGCAGCUUCUCCUGGAGCCCUCAGCCGGGAGGGACGUCAUUGUUCGCUCCUGCCCGUGUGACGAGAAAGACGGACAGAGAACUUUCCUGGGCCUGGGGCCCACUGACCACGUGGGUGCACCCAGGCUGUCUGGAUCGGGAUGCUGGGGUGGCUUCCCACAGCCAGAGGGUCCUCAGGGUGAUGGUGGCCAGUGUCCAGGCCUUGGAGCAGCUGCAGCCAAGCGUGUCCUUGGAGCCGUCCGAGCGUCCGGCUGUCGCCACUGGAGACCUCAGCCUGAUGGAUGCCGGAUUUGGACGAUGAGGGAAGAAAGUGCCUCCCACACCCAAGAGGUGAGCCCUGAGUGUGCCCUGGAUGACCCUGCGACCUGGCACAAUGCGGCUGGCCUGCAUGUUCUCAUCCAUCCUGCUGUUCGGAGCUGCAGGCCUCCUGCUCUUUAUCAGCCUGCAGGACCCCACGGAGCUCGCCCCCCAGCAGGUGCCAGGAAUUAAGUUCAACAUCAGACCACAGCAGCCCCAUAACGCACACCCACCGGGCAGCUCCCAGGAUGGUGACUUGAAGAUAUCCACAGAGAAGGUCAUCCGGGACUUGUCCAACCGGACCCCAAGGGACCUCAACGUGAGGGUGCCUGACCAGCCUCAACCGCACCCCAAGAUGGGAGCCCGACUGCGACUCCCGCAGCGCCGCCGCCGUCUGCUUAUCAAAAAAAUGCCAGCCGCGGUGGCCAUCCCAGCCAACAGCUCAUCAGAGGCCUUUAUUCGAUUGGGGACCCAGGCGCUGGACAGCCAUUGGGUCGGCCUGCACCGGAGCCAGCAGGAGCGCAAGCGGGUGAUGCAGGAGGCGUGUGCCAAGUACCGGGCGAGCAGCAGCCGCAGAGCCGUCACACCUCGCCACGUGUCCCGCAUCUUCGUGGAGGACCGCCACCGUGUGCUCUACUGCGAGGUGCCCAAGGCGGGUUGCUCCAACUGGAAGCGGGUGCUCAUGGUGCUGGCCGGGUUGGCCUCAUCCACCGCGGACAUUCAGCACAACACGGUCCACUACGGCAGCGCCCUCAAGCGGCUGGACACCUUCGACCGCCAGGGCAUCCUGCACCGCCUCAGCACCUACACCAAGAUGCUCUUUGUCCGUGAGCCUUUUGAGAGGCUGGUCUCAGCUUUCCGAGACAAGUUUGAGCACCCCAACAGCUACUAUCACCCUGUUUUCGGCAAGGCCAUCCUGGCCCGGUACCGGGCCAACGCCUCGCGGGAGGCCCUGCGGACUGGCUCUGGUGUGCGGUUCCCCGAGUUCGUCCAGUACCUGCUGGACGUGCACCGACCCGUGGGCAUGGACAUCCACUGGGACCACGUCAGCCGGCUGUGCAGCCCCUGCCUCAUCGACUAUGACUUUGUGGGCAAGUUCGAGAGCAUGGAGGACGAUGCCAACUUCUUCCUGAGCCUCAUCCACGCUCCACGCAACCUGACUUUUCCGCGGUUCAAAGACCGGCACUCCCAGGAGGCGCGGACGACGGCCAGGAUCACGCACCAGUACUUCGCCCAGCUGUCGGCCCUGCAGCGGCAGCGCACCUACGACUUCUACUACAUGGACUACCUGAUGUUCAACUACUCCAAGCCCUUUGCAGACCUGUACUGAGGGGCGGGGCCGGCUGGCCAGGAGCGGGGCCUGUCCCACCCACUCGCAGGAGCUGGGACAUCCCACUGGGAACUGAGACGUGCUCACAGCACCUGGGCUCCAAGAAUGGGAGAGGCUGAGUCUCUCGGAGGCAGCAGGCCCGUGGAGAAGAGAGGCUUGAGGCCUUGGAUGGGGACCCUGGCCCUUGUCCCAUACCCACUUCCUAACUUCUUGCUUGAGGGAGAGGCCCCAUGGACUCAGUCAAGAGUCCCCGAUGACCAGGGAAGUCUGAGGCCCAGAGGAUGAGGGCCCCAGCGGUAAGGGACUUCCUGCAGUCCCUUAGCCAUUGCCUUGUACAAACCACAUGGUUUGCAGCUUUUCUAUGACGGGGGUGGGGGUGGGGGAAUAAAGCACAUGGUUUUCAGA